AUGCCGACCUGCAGUUACUUACAGGAACGCCUAUUUUGUAAAUUUCGUACCGAACAGAUAACAACGAGAAACACAAAUAGAAUUCCGGAAAUGCUUCGAUUAGUUCUUGUGUGGCUAUCGCUUGGCGGUACUCUGCGGGGCGUUCAGAGCCGCAUAUCUGAAAUCUCAUCCAAUUUCGGUUCUCAUACUUUUACUGAUGAUCACGACGAUGACCAUGGAGCAAUCGCAGAAGGCGCAUCCAUAUCCACCGAUGUUCCGGACGUCCACUUACCUACUCUUGACAUGGUCAGGAAGGCCGGUUACUACGCCGAGGCUCACGUCGUCGAGACCGAGGAUGGAUAUUUUUUGACGUUGCAUCGGAUCCCUGGACGAGUCGGUAGUCCUGACAUCCGUGGGAAGCCUUCGGUUAUACUGCAGCACGGACUCUUGUCAAGUUCCGCCGAUUGGGUAAUACCAGGGAGAGAGAAGGCAUUGGCUUACAUACUGGUAGAUAGAGGGUAUGACGUGUGGCUCGGGAACGCACGCGGAAAUACUUACUCGAGAGCCCACGCAUCGCUAUCUAUAUCAGAUUCAAAGUUUUGGAACUUCACUUGGCAUGAAAUGGGAAUUUACGACCUUCCAGCGAUCAUUGAGUACAUUACCGAGUACAAGAAAGAAAAAAACAUCCUUUACGUUGGCCACUCGAUGGGUACAACAAUGUUCUACGUUAUGGCAUCGGAACGACCAGACGUGGCGCGAAAAGUCAAAGCGAUGUUCAGCCUCGCUCCGGUUGCCUUUUUAAAUCAUGUCAAAAGUCCGAUUCGCAUUGUCGCACCUUAUGUUCACGAUAUCGAGAUGAUCAUCCAUUUUUUUGGUGAGGAUGAGUUUUUACCUCAGUCAGGUAUUCUUCGAUUUUUGGCCCGAUACGGUUGCGACAUCAACGUAUCUGAGGAGACGAUCUGUGCUAAUGCUUUGUUCGUCCUCUGCGGAUUCGACCAGGAGCAGUUCAACAAUACUCUGCUGCCGAUUAUAUUAGGUCAUUCUCCGGCCGGUACCUCAACAAAGACAUUAAUACAUUAUGCUCAGGGAAUAAAUUCAGGUGAAUUUCGGCAAUACGAUUACGGAAAGGAAAAAAAUUUAGAAAUUUAUCACAGUGUCACGCCGCCUGCGUAUAACCUCACAGGUAUCAACGUACCUGUAUCCUUACAUUAUGCUGACAACGAUUGGCUUGCUAGCAUCACGGAUGUCAAGAGGCUGUAUCAAGAUUUACCGAAAACAAUAGGCAUGUUCAGGGUAAACUUCCCAAAAUUCAAUCACUUGGACUUUCUGUGGGGAAUUGAUGCUCCAAAAUUAGUCUACGAAAAAGUGAUAUACAUGAUGGGGAAAUACAAGAACACAGCGAAUAAGAAGUGGAUUGCUGGAUAACGUUCGUCAACAUCAUCAGCAUUGUUUUCAGCUGCAAUUUCAGCUGCCUGCAUGUCUGCGUAUAUUAAAUUAAUUUUAUCAAGCUAAACUUUUACGAUCAAAUGUAUUUCAGAGUAUGCUAUUAGGUUGAUAGAUCGCAUUUUCUACAUCUGCUACCAUUAUUUUUAGUUUGGAGUGAAAUCGACAGGCUUUUUCGUACACUGAUACAGCCACUUCUAUAUCAUUCUUCUCGAUAUGAACCCACGCUGUAUCUCAACAAAUAUACAAUUAGUCUCUCACU